AUGUCUGCCGCCUCUCUGCCGCAGGUGGAGAGCUCCCAGGCUUUCACCUGGCAGUCACAGCUCCGACACCGCUGGGACGAUGAGAAGAGGCACUGCUUUGCCAACAUCUGCGAUGCCCAGAUCCGCUACUCCUACGAGUACCUGGGUAACACGCCGAGGCUGGUCAUCACGCCGCUCACAGACAGGUGCUACAUCACGCUCACGCAGUCCCUGCACCUGAUCAUGGGCGGAGCCCCUGCGGGCCCAGCUGGCACGGGCAAGACGGAGACCACCAAGGACCUGGGCAGAGCCCUGGGCACCAUGGUUUAUGUCUUCAACUGCUCGGAGCAGAUGGACUACAAGUCCUGUGGAAACAUCUACAAGGGCCUGGCCCAGACGGGAGCCUGGGGCUGCUUCGACGAGUUUAACCGGAUCUCAGUGGAGGUGUUGUCUGUGAUCGCUGUGCAGGUAAAAUGUGUCCAAGAUGCAAUUCGGGCCAAGAAAAAGAAGUUUAACUUCCUGGGAGAGAUAAUAAGCCUCAUUCCCACCGUGGGCAUCUUCAUCACAAUGAACCCUGGCUAUGCUGGACGCACAGAGCUGCCGGAGAACCUGAAGGCCCUAUUCAGGCCCUGUGCGAUGGUGGUCCCCGACUUCGAGCUGAUCUGUGAGAUCAUGCUGGUGGCAGAGGGCUUCCUGGAAGCCCGCCUGCUGGCCCGGAAGUUCAUCACGCUCUACACCCUCUGCAAGGAGCUCCUCUCAAAGCAGGACCAUUACGACUGGGGCCUGCGGGCCAUCAAGUCCGUGCUGGUGGUAGCCGGCUCCCUGAAGAGGGGGGACCCCACCCGGGCAGAGGACCAGGUGCUCAUGAGGGCACUGAGGGACUUCAACAUCCCCAAGAUCGUGACGGAUGACCUGCCCGUGUUCAUGGGGCUGAUCGGGGAUCUCUUCCCCGCUCUGGACGUGCCCCGGAAGCGGGACCUGAACUUUGAGAAGGUCAUCAAGCAGAGCAUCGUGGAGCUCAAGCUGCAGGCGGAGGACAGCUUCGUGCUGAAGGUGGUACAGCUGGAGGAGCUUCUCCAAGUCCGACACUCGGUGUUCGUCAUCGGGAACGCCGGCAGUGGCAAAUCCCAGGCACGUCACCAGCACCAGCCCGUCCCCUCCGCCACCCGCAUCCCCAACGACCCACCCCCACUCACAUUCCUGUCCCCCAGCAUUGCCCAGGGCCAUGGGGAGCCCUGUAGGGUAGCAGCCAAUACCACUGAUGCCAGUAGCACUAAGCCAGAAAGUGUCAGGGCGGGAGCCUGACCCCCUUACCAAAGCCCAUUUCGGAAGACACAUGGGCUAGGGGAUAGAGUAGCCGGGUGUGGUGGCACGUAUCUUAAAUCCUAGCACUUAGGAGGCAGAAGCAGGUAUAUCCCUGUGAAUUUGGGGCCAGCCUGGUCAAUAUAGUGAGUUCAUGGCCAGCCGAGCUGCACGGUGAGAGCCUGUUUAAAAACAAGUUACAAAGGGGCCUGGCAGCAAGUCAUUGCUUAAAAGGCAAAAACUGUACUUGGUCUUUAGAGAAAAAAUAAGUGUGCGUAUGUAAACAUGUAGAAAUACACAGAAUUUCCUCCAGUGCUCUUAAAACCAGUUUCUCUGAGUGAAAAAAAAAAAAAAAGAAACAAACAUGAGUGGUUUGGUUUUUAGUGCAUUACUUGUGUUCUAAGAGUGAAGCACACGUGUU